AUGAAUUCCAUGUCAACACCUCGAAUCCUCCCUGCUCAUCUUCAUGCAUUUGCCCCCAGUGCCACCUCUCAUAACACAGUGCGUAUGCUGGGGAUUAUAAGCCAUGUCAACGGCGAUCAAGCGACAUUAACCUGCGGCUCAGAUGCUGUGACAAUUCUUCUGGCGAGAGAUUCUCACCUCUCAGUGGGCUCAAUGUAUGAGAUCGUGGGCAAAGUCACCAACACGGACGGCGGCCACGGCUUGGGCGUACGAGUUCUUAGCAGCACUGAAUGGCCUCGAAAUGAGAACGGACAACUUCCAGACUUGAAAUUAUUCGAGGCAGUGGUGGAUGUAACUCAUCGUUACAAGAACAUCUUCUACGGCGAUUCCGAGGCUGGUCUAGAUGGCGGAUAUUGA